GCCACUGUGGCCACUGGGAGGGGCCCUGCCCCCCCAGCUCUCACCGGCUGCCCCUAGGAGUCCACGGGGUGGCCGGGCUUCCCAUCAGGCCUGGCAGGAUCAGGAUGCUGCUCCCUCUCCUCCACCUGAGCCCCACCCAAUGCCCCCGCCCACCCGCAAGUCCAGUCUGACUGGAGACAGCCGGAUGCCCGCUGACCCUGGACCCGAGGUGGGCAGUGGCUGGCCGGGCCUCCUCAUGUCCUGCCUGAAGGGCCCCCAUGUCAUCCUCAAGAUGGAGGCAAUGAAGAUUGUCCACCCUGAGAAGUUCCCUGAGCUAUCGACGGCUGCCCCCUGCUUCCCGCCUGCUCCCCGGCCUACCCCCACUCUGGCACCCAAGCGUGCCUGGCCCUCAGACACAGAGAUCAUUGUCAACCAGGCAUGUGGGGGGGACAUGCCUGCCUUGGAAGGGGCGCCCCACACCCCACCCCUGCCAAGGCGGCCCCGCAAGGGUAGUGCAGAGCUGGGCUUCCCCCGCGUGGCACCAGCAGACGAGGUCAUUGUGAAUCAGUACGUGAUUCGGCCUGGCCCUGCAGCAUCGGCGACUUCGUCCAUGACAGUGGCAGCAGGUGAGCCCCUGGAGUGCCCCACCUGUGGGCACACAUACAACGUCACCCAGCGGCGGCCCCGUGUACUGUCUUGCCUUCACUCCGUGUGCGAGCAGUGCCUGCAGAUUCUCUACGAGUCUUGCCCCAAGUACAAGUUCAUCUCCUGUCCCACCUGCCGCCGUGAGACUGUGCUCUUCACUGACUAUGGCCUGGCUGCACUGGCUGUCAACACGUCCAUCUUGAGCCGCCUGCCCCCCGAGGCGCUGACUGCCCCAUCCGGUGGCCAGUGGGGGGGCGAGCCUGAGGGCAGCUGCUACCAGACUUUUCGGCAGUACUGUGGGGCAGCGUGCACCUGCCACGUGAGGAACCCACUGUCCGCCUGUUCCAUCAUGUAGCGCCUGCCUGCCCACCACUGCCUGCUGGUACUCGUUCACCGCUUCUUCAGGGACCCGGCCCUGCUCUGUUGCCCACUGACCCUUCCUCGCCCAUCAUGGCUUCUGGCCCUACCCCGCGUGGAAUUGUUGCUGCAGCCAAUUCUGCCAUUAAAACUCUUUGCCAAAGUCUGCA